AUGGCGGAUAUCACCUACGACUGCAUCAUAGUCGGCGCUGGAUACUCGGGACUCGCCGCCGCCAAAGCUCUGGUUGAGCACGAAACGAAGCCAAGAAUCCUUGUUCUUGAGGCGCGUGAACGCAUCGGCGGGCGCGCCAAAACCAUCCAUCGCGACGAUGGCACAUACUGGGACGUCGGCGGCUCGUUCCUCGGCAAAAAGCAGGACCUCAUGUACGGCCUCGCACGCGAGUACAAUGUGGACGUCUUCCCCAUACCCCAAAAGGGCAAGCUCGUGUUUCUUCAUCGCGGCCGGGCGAAGGAGUAUUCGGGGCUGAUUCCACCGCUUCGGCCGUGGGAGAUUAUCGACAGUGGUAUACUGCUGCAAAAGCUUGAGAAGAAAGUCCGCAGCGUAGAUGCCAAUGCGCCAUGGGCACAUAGCAAGGCCAAGGCCUGGGAUAGCAUAUCACUCGACGAAUGGGUAAAGCGACACUCGUUCACCAGGGGAUGUCGGGAUAUGAUGGAUUUGGGCUUUCAGGGAGUCUUUGGUCGAUCAGGCGGCGAUAUCUCGCUUUUGUUCGCAGCCUUUGUGUUCAAGACGUUGGGCGGCGUCGAGGCAGCCUUCAGUUCCAAGGAUGGGCUCCAACAGGACAUGAUGGUCGGCGGCGGUAUGGCCAUUGCCAAAUUAAUCUGGGAGGGAAUUGGCGGUGACGAGAUUGUCAAAUUGAACGAGCCGGUGCACCAGGUCAAGUACGAUGACUCGGGCUGCACCAUCACCUCAGCCAAGGGCGAGUAUCGCGCCAAACGCGUCAUCUUCACGGUACCGCCUCAGUUCGCCGCCAAGGUACAAUUCGAACCGAGUCUUCCGACGGAAAAGCAGGCCCUCCUCGAGGCAAUAGAACUCGGCGUAUACGCAAAGGUCUUUGCUACUUAUGCGACCCCGUUUUGGCGAGAUCGCGGUCUCCGCGGUGAGGCAACUAAUCUCGACGGAUACCUCCCCAUUGUCUUUGACGCCACGUCGCCGGGAGCCGAUUCCAAGGGCAAGCUGAUGGCUUUCCUCACCGGGCCCAAAUGCCGGGAGUUUGCGGCUCUGUCAGAGGAUGAGCGGAGGAAGAUUGCCAUUGAAGAGUUCGCGGGCCUGUUCGGUAAGGAAGCCCUGGAACCCGACGAGUUCUUUUACCAUUCGAUGCUUCAUGACGAGUGGUCGGGUGGGUGCCCGCUCGCUUCACCUCCGCCAGGCAUCAUCAGCUCGUACGGUGAAUGGAUCCGGAAACCCGUGGGACCUAUUCAUUGGGCGGGAAGUGAAACAUCGAUAAGGAUGUAUGGAUAUAUGGAAGGCGCAGUGUGUGCUGGACAGCGGGCGGCGAAAGAGGUUGUCGAGGCCCUGAGCGUCGAGUCAGUGCAAAGUUAA